AUGGGCAGCAAGUCGAUGAUCAAGUGGCCGAAGCAAAUCACGCCGUCUCUUGUCGAGACCCUAAUCCGCUCGGAGAAAGACCUCGACAAAGCGAUCUCCAUAUUCGACGCCGCCACAUUGGAGUACCCCAACGGCUUCCGCCACGACCCGACCACGUUCGGCCUGAUAAUCCAGCGCCUCCUCAGCGCGAACAAGUUCUUUCCGGCGGAGGACAUGCUCCUCCGGAUGAGGCGGGAGAACUGCGACAUACCCGAAGACGUGUUUCUCUCCAUCUACAGGGCCUACGCCAGGGUGCACAAGCCGCUCGAGGUUGUCAGGAUUUUCCGGGAGAUGAAGGAUUACGGCUGCCAGCCCACGCCGAGAGCCUAUGACGAGGUAUUCAACAUCCUUGUGAACGAGAGCCAUCUGAAAAUGGCAUUCCGAUUCUACCAUAACAUGAGGGAGAAGGGUAUCCCUGCCAGCGUGGCCUCCCUCAACAUUUUGAUUAAAGCCCUCUGCAAAAGCAAUGGGACUAUGGAGUCUGCUUUCAAGAUUUUCCGUGAGAUGCCCGCUCGAGGGCACACGCCAGAUUCAUACACUUACGGGACUUUGAUAAACGGGCUUUGCCGGGCCGGGAGGACCCUUGAGGCUAAGGAGCUUCUCAUGGAAAUGGAGGAAAAAGGCUGCUCGCCUUCAGUCGUCACCUACAGUUGCCUCAUACACGGCCUUUGCAAGCUUAAUAAACUCGAGGAUGCACUAAAGUUGUUUAAGGAGAUGAAGAGAAAAGGCAUAGAGCCUAACGUGUACACAUACAGCUCUAUUAUCGACGGUCUUUGCAAAAACGGGCAUUCUUCUCAGGCGAUUGAGUUGUUGUAG